AUGGGGCUCCUCUCGUGUCCUGGAGCCGUUGCCAGCAUCCCGCCGGCCUGCCACAAGUAUGGUGUGCCUGGAUGUCCGAGGAACUACAAUCCGGUUUGUGGGACCGACGGAGAGACCUACUCAAACGAGUGCGUGCUCUGCCUUUCGAACAGUGAGAAUAAGAAGGAUGUCCAAAUUUUCAAGAUGGACAGAUGCUGA